ACAAUUUGCGACAGGUAAUUUAAAUCAAUCGGGUUUACCACACUAUAAUAUUUUAGGUUUAAUUUUGUAUUGUGAUUUUAAAUGCUUUGUAAAUUUAAAUACGUUUAAAUUGUGUUUGAGCUCGGACAAGAAUGAGGAAAUAAACGUUCGUGAAAAGUUAUAAGGAAAAAUGUACGAUUUUAAGUACAAAAGAUAUACCCUGAAAAUACUUCUCAGCUUCGCUGUAUGCGAAAUUGUCACUCUUUCAGUACUUGUUACAUACUGGCGAGAGCAAAAGGAAAUAAGUUUGGCUCCAACACAACAGAAAAAGUGUUACCCACAACAUAAAUUGUUCAGAGGUGAUGACAGAAACAUUGCUUGUCCAGGAAAACGUAUAUUUGCAAAAGACAAAUCAAAACAGAAUUCAUACUGCUGUGGAGAUACGAGUGACGUUUUAAACAUACUCCUGAAUAAGACUGUUUUGGAAAGAUUUGAUAGCGAUGUUAAUCCAGAAUCGACUUCCUUUGACCUGACUGACUUUAAUUGUUCAUCGUCAAAACACCAAACACCAGCACUUACACUAACGGGGGCAUGGCACAAGAAAUCAAGUAAUGGCACACAUGAUAAAAUAUCUUGGAAGAGUGAUCAGUCGACUAGUGCAAAGGCCGUAUUUAUGUAUCUGGAAAAGGAAAACUCAGUUUUGGUUGAGGAAACAGGUUUUUUCUACAUUUUGUCCCAGCUGGAAAUAUCAGUCGACAAGAAUUUUAAUAACAUUGGACAUUCUGUGCAAUUAUUAUCAGAUAACAGUACAGUAUCUAUUUUGCUUGAAGACUUAUUUUCGCCUUGUCAAAUUGCAUCAGAUGCUUCUCAAGAGAAGACAAGUGUUAUCGGAGCAGUUUUCCAACUUAAUAAAGGAGACCGGGUCUAUGUCACUACUUCUUACCCUGAUAAUAUAUCAUUUAAUUUAAAGAACAGUUUUUUCAGCAUAUACAAGUUGUAGAUACCUUUACAAAACUUGAAGUGUUAAAAUCUUAAAGUGAUUCGGUCCAUGAUGGAUAAUACCAUCUGUAAUACUUUAAAGAACUAUGUUGUCAAACCUUAAAACAGAGAGCAAAAGAAGUACGUAUAUAUGCAAGUAGAUCUUGUUGGUAAUCUUACACAUUUUUUUCAGGUCAUA